AUGACUGAAAUGCAACACCUCUCCAAAAGACUUGUCGAGACCGGGUAUUUUUUCAAACAUAGGACGGUUGUUGCAGACGGAUCCGAACACGUUCAAGACAUUUUCUUUGCACAUCCUAAAUCUAUAAGUUUGUUCAAUUCUUUUCCUACUGUGCUUUUGAUGGAUUCGACAUACAAAACAAACAAAUACAAAAUGCCGUUAUUUGAGAUUGUCGGAUUCACAUCAACUGGGAGAUCUUUCAAUGUUGGAUUUGCUUGGCUUACCAAUGAAAGAGAAGACAACUUCACUUGGGCUCUAGAGCAGUGUGUCAGUCUCUUAAGGAAUGAGGAUGUUAGACCGAAGGUGAUUGUCACCGAUAGGGAUUUGGCUCUGAUGAAUGCAGUUUCCGAGAAUGGAGAGAAUGAGAAGCAGACUGAUGUGUGGGAUCAAAUCACCGAUGCUUUUAAUGAUGUGUUAGAGUCGCCAACGGAAAAAGAAUAUGCUGACAAUGUUAUGGUGUUUAGGGAGCUCUGUGCGAGAUGGCCAAAGUUUUUGCGUUAUGUUGAAGAGACUGUCCUAGACACUGAUAAAGAAAGGGUUGUCAAUGCUUGGGUAGACCAACAUAUGCACAUGGGGAAUCACACCACGAAUAGAGCUGAAUCAUGUCAUGGUGUGUUGAAAGGUUACUUGAAGGACGGUAACGGUGACUUGGUGAAAGGAUGGGAAGCGAUAAAUAAGAUGUUGAUAAGUCAGUUCACCGAAGUACAAGGUGAAUUCGGUCGGAGUAUGUCUGUUGCGGAACACAGAUACGAUGAUGAUCCUCUUUACGCAUUCUUGUUUUAUAAAAUCUCAAGAAAGGCUAUGGAUCACAUUUAUGACGAAGCAAACAGGGUCGAAGAAUGUGGUAUGGAUAGCAAAAAGUGUGGCUGUGUUAUGAGAAGGACAUACGGGUUGCCAUGUGCAUGCUUGAUUGCGAAGAAGAUAAAAAAUAACAAACCUAUCCGACUGGAUGAGAUUCACCCUCAAUGGAAGAAACUGUGUUUCGAAGAUGAGCCGGCACCGGGCGACGUGGUUGACGAUUAUGAUUGCUUGGCUGAGUGGAAAGCAAUUCAGGAACGAUUAAAAACAGCCGAUGUUAGCGUGAAGAAUGAUAUUAGGAAUCAACUUCGUCUCAUUGCAUAUCCAGAAACCACCUCUGGUGAAACCUCCGCUUCAAAAGGCCAAAACAAAAGGGAUAAGUCUCGGUGGGAGCAUGUUGAUGAUCAUAUUGCAGCUACACAGGCAUCUCAGUCGCAACCAACAAAGUCAAAGCCGUCGACUUCACAAACAGUGCCUGAGGUGACGGUUAUUGUGGAUACCGUUGUGGUAGCUUUGCACCAAAAAGGAAAUCAACAAGAUUAUGAGUUGAUCAGACUGAACAUGGAGAGGGAGCUGAGAUUGCAUAAGGAAUCAUAUGUGGAGUUGUUCGAUACUGAGCGUUACAAGUAUGUCACGGAUGCACUUUUCCCACCACCGAGAAGGAGUAAACAUGCUAUUGCAACCAAGGACAAAUGGUUUACUUUUCCGGAUAUGGGUUACGUUGUGGCUACUCAUUUUCAGAGGGUUGUUGUUCAACUAUCAAAUAUGGAAAGGUGUGGAGCAUCUAGAACUUGUUUCCCAUUGCGUGGCAAACCUCCAUCAGACACGUCAGACUUGGAUUCCAAGAUUAUUUGCAUCGGCGCGCUCGCUGACCACUUUGUGUUAGUGCGAUUGAAAGUAGGAUGUCCGAUACCUCCAACGGCUCAUCAGUGGAAAAACUCUUGUUCCGAAGAAGCUGCAGAAUGGGAGCCCAUGUUUUUUGGAUAG